AUGUCUUGGUCCCUUGAGAUCCCAAUUAACCAGGUUUCACUGUAUUUACGAGUUGUAAUAGCGUCUCCGAGAUGGCCGCGGAAAGUUGAAGAUAGCGAACGACCCGGAUGCCAAACCACAUCAACAACCAAUGAUAAUGUGAAAAAAGUGAAAGAAAUGGUUAUGAACGAUCGCCGAAUCACAAUUAGAGAAGUCGAUAAUGAUGUCGGCAUAUCAGUUGGCUCAUGCCAUGAACGUGCGGCAGCAAAAUUCGUUCCAAAAUUGUUGAAUUUCGAACAAGAACAGCGACGAAUACGUGUUAUAACAGGUGACGAAACUUGGGUACGGAUAUGA